CUCAAUCUGGAAUUAUUUUACUUCCCGAAUAUGAGGGAGGAUGGUUGAAUUGUACUACUGAUAUAGCAGCUAUAGCUAAUCGAAAUUUUAGCAUUGAAGUUGUUGAUUUUUCAGUACCUGUAACUCCGGGAUUUGGAAUUUAUGUUACUGGAGAUCCCUCACUAGAUCGUAUUCAUGGAAACGGUUUUUCAAUAGAUUCAUUUGUCACAAGUUCAGCAUUACCAAAUACUACUACUGAUCUUAAUAAUAUCAAACUUUAUAAUGAAACAUAUUAUUGUGGUACAUUAGAAAGUUUUACUUCUCAAUGUGAUUCACAAUAUAUGGGAUUGCCUUCGUCAAAUCAAGAAAAUAUGAAGUGGUGCCUAUCUUUAACAAAUCCAUUUAAUAAUAGUCAAAAAAUUUAUGUAUCAUUUGAUGGAAUUAAUUAUAAUAAUUAUUCAACUAAUAUUGGAACUAAUUCUAAUAAUGCAACUAAUAUUG